GACUGCGCGCGACAACUCCGUGGGCAGAGGGGGUUGAGUCAGCCCCGCUGCCGGUGAAGCAGCUCCGGGCCGAGCCCCUGAGUCAGAACCGGCCCGUGGAGGCAGCCGGUGCCCCAGUCCGCAGCUUCGUCGCCCCACCGAGGUUCCCAGGGCUGGCGGCCGGUAUCUGAGGGUCCCGGACGUGGGGAUGUUCAGGGAUCCAGGAGGAGGACUUCCACGGGCCAUCCAAGCCACCCGCUCCUCUGGAGGAGGCCUCUUCUCUGUGGGCUCCCUCAAGACACCACCCCCCAUCCCCGCAAAGUCCAUCCCUGCCCACCUUCCCCUCUCCUUGCGAGUGGUCCCACUUACCCUUCACUGCCAGCAUCGCCCAGCCUUUCCCAGUCCCGCUGGCUGCGCUCAGUCUUUAGGUGGUAGCAGGCCAGGUACAGCGGACACUUGCUGGUGGGGGAUUCCAGGAGGUGGGAUUUCAUGUGGCACCACUGCAAGUGGAGGCGAGAAUGAGCGUGAGGACCUGGAGCAGGAGUGGAAGCCCCCGGACGAGGAGUUGAUCAAGAAACUGGUGGAUCAGAUCGAAUUCUACUUUUCAGAUGAAAACCUGGAGAAGGACGCCUUUUUGCUAAAGCACGUGAGGAGGAACAAGCUAGGAUAUGUGAGCGUUAAGCUGCUCACGUCCUUUAAAAAGGUGAAACACCUUACACGGGACUGGAGAACCACAGCACAUGCCUUGAAGUAUUCAGUGGUCCUUGAGUUGAAUGAGGACCACCGGAAGGUGAGGAGGACCACCCCCGUCCCACUGUUCCCCAAUGAGAACCUCCCCAGCAAGAUGCUCCUGGUCUAUGAUCUCUACCUGUCUCCUAAGCUGUGGGCUCUGGCCACCCCCCAGAAGAAUGGAAGGGUGCAGGAGAAGGUGAUGGAACACCUGCUCAAGCUUUUUGGGACUUUUGGAGUCAUCUCAUCAGUGCGGAUCCUCAAACCUGGGAGAGAGCUGCCCCCUGACAUCCGGAGGAUCAGCAGCCGCUACAGCCAAGUGGGGACCCAGGAGUGUGCCAUCGUGGAGUUCGAGGAGGUGGAAGCGGCCAUCAAAGCCCAUGAGUUCAUGAUCACAGAAUCUCAGGGUAAAGAGAACAUGAAAGCUGUCCUGAUUGGUAUGAAGCCACCCAAAAAGAAACCUGCCAAAGACAAAAAUCAUGACGAGGAGCCCACUGCGAGCAUCCACCUGAACAAGUCCCUGAACAAGAGAGUGGAGGAGCUUCAGUACAUGGGUGAUGAGUCUUCCGCCAACAGCUCCUCUGACCCCGAGAGCAACCCCACGUCCCCUAUGGCGGGCCGACGGCACAUGGCCACCAACAAGCUCAGCCCUUCUGGCCACCAGAAUCUCUUUCUGAGUCCAAAUGCCUCCCCGUGCACAAGUCCUUGGAGCAGCCCUUUGGCCCAACGCAAAGGCGUUUCUAGAAAGUCCCCACUGGCGGAGGAAGGUAGACUGAACUGCAGCGCCAGCCCUGAGAUCUUCCGCAAGUGUAUGGAUUAUUCCUCUGACAGCAGCGUCACUCCCUCUGGCAGCCCCUGGGUCCGGAGGCGCCGCCAAGCCGAGAUGGGGACCCCGGAGAAAAGCCCCGGUGUGAGUCCCCUGCUCUCCCGGAAGAUGCAGACUGCAGAUGGGUUACCUGUGGGGGUGCUGAGGUUGCCCAGGGGCCCUGACAACACCAGAGGAUUUCAUGGCCAUGAGAGAAGCAGGGCUUGUGUAUAAAUACCUUCUAUUUUUAAUACCAGCUCCACUGAAAACCACCUUCGUUUUCAAGUUUCUGACAAAUACCUGGCAUGACAGAAUGGAAUUCAUUCCUCGUUGAGAGAUUGUGUAUACAUACAGACCUCUUAAUUUAUCUAUCUGUAAUAUAUAUAAACCGGUACGCCAUGGUUUGAAGACCACCUUCUAGUUCAGGACACCUGUUCUUCCCAGCGUGGCCACUAUUUUGAUGAUGGCUGAUGGGAGUGUGAUGGCCCUGAAGGGCUGUGGGAUGGAGGUUCCCUUGGGAAACGGGCAGCAUCUCUCUUUUUUGGUAUGGAGUUUUUCCCUUCAGUGACGGAGCUGUCCUUGAUAGGCCAUGCAAGGGCUUCCUGAGAGUCCAGGAGAGUUACCUUGUACAACAACAAGUAGUUAAGCCUUUAGCAUGGUGUCUUAUAGGACCAAAUCGAUGUUACCUGUCAAGUAAAUAAAUAAUAAAACACCCCGCUGGGA